CGGUUGAUCUCGAGAAUGACCAGACCCUCGGGCUCCUUCUGCUUUUCAAUCCUGUGUUUCGUCAUACAUAGGGAAGAACCGAGUACACUGACACAGAGACAUACAUUAGCCAAUGGACCAUUUUUGGAGGUUUUACCACCUGGCGAUCCGCAGUCAAGGCCAACUGGAAGUAGGCUUAUGCUAACGUGUAAACAGAAUGGCGCUGAUCCUAAUCUUGUUACAAAUCUUCAGUGGUUGGACCCCUACGACAGGCCCGUUGAGUCUCGGAGCUCACUUCAAUCAAAAUCGGGUUCAACCGGCCCCAGUUUAUACACCGAGCCGCAUCCGGACGCGAGUUUGUCACUCGUGUUCAAUCCACUGAGGGAUGAACAAGCUGGAACAUAUACUUGCACGGCGAAUUACGCUAAUGAACCGCUCAAUAAGUCGGUUCAGGUUGAUGCUAUUGACGCUCUAAAAUGGCAAGACGCCCCCGAGCAUCAAUACGCCAUCCUCAACGAGGAAGCUCUCAUAAAAUGCAAAGUGACAGCCCGCCCGGCGCCGACCGUAACUUGGCUGAAAGACGACCAACCGAUCUUGACGAACGACCACUAUAUUGUGGAAACUCAUGCCCUCAAAAUCAGCAAUGUCCAAAUGGAGGAUCAAGGCGCCUACACUUGUCAAGCCGCAGUGGUUCGCUCCGGAGAAUUUGAUGAGCGCAAGAUAUCCGUUGAGGUACACGAAAAACCCAAGAUCGAAGAAUGGCAAUCACAGGUAGAAAUCAUAGAGGGUAGAACAGAAACGAUAGUCUGCAAAGCUCGAGGUAUUCCACCCCCUCGUUACUCCUGGGUGAAAUCCCUGACCAAAGAAAAUCUGACGACAGUCGAUCGCUUCAGAGUGGACUCGGAGGAGGGAGUUUUGACCAUCAACAAUGUAAAUCGCGAGGAUGCUGGGGAAUACCAGUGUAUCGCUGAGAAUGCAGCGGGAACUGCAAAUGUCGAUAUUCGAGUUGAUGUGAUGUCCAAGCCGAAGAUCAUGGAAUUCUUGAAUAGGACAAUGCCAGUUGGCAAACAGGUGGAGAUAACGUGCAAAGCAUUUGGUCGUCCUCCACCAGAGGUAACAUUCAAAAAACAGACAAGUACAAAGCCAUUCGUCAAGGGCCUACAGCCUGAGGAAGAUAGAAUUCAGUUGCAAGCAAUGUAUGACAAUCAGAGAGGUGAGACUGUUGCUAGCUUGACCAUUCAGAAUAUAUUGAGAAAGGAUGAUGGACUGUAUGAAUGCAUUGCAACAAAUAAGGUUGCAACUGCUUACAAGAGUGGACACUUGACUGUAGAGUUCCCACCGUCCUUUGAGUCCAUGGACAAUCAGACGAUGUGGUCCUGGGAACAGAGGCCGAUCAACCUAACUUGCAUUGCUGAAAGUAUUCCCAAUGCCACAAUCAGGUGGCUGUUGAAUGAUAUGGAGAUCGAGAGAUCGGACAUUGGUAACGGAUUCAGAGUCAUUGGGAAUGGUCCCAUCAGCACACUCACUGUAUCACCUAGUGAUACAAGGUUUUAUGGAAAUUAUAAGUGCGUGGCCAGCAAUAUUCAUGGAAAACGAGACAAGCUAAUUGUGCUGAAAGAGGCUGGCAAACCUGGAAUUGUUCUCGAGUCAAGGAUGGCCUCGUUAACUGCCACGACUAUUUCGUUUAAUGUUGUUCUACCACCCACUGAACCCGAACUACCGCUACAGACUAUUUCUGUUCAGUACAAGGCGGUCGACCAGAACUGGCCAGAUGCGAAAAACCGAACCUGGUCGAUAAGCUCACCAUACGUCUUAGAGAAUUUGAAACCCGAGACGAGGUAUGAAUUCAGAUUCCGAGUGCGUAAUCAGGUAGGUGAGAGUAACUGGGGGGCAAACCUCGUCCAGAUUACACCUCAGCGUACGAUACCAUCAGCUCCGAAAAUGAAAAUGCUAAAGGAGAAUGCAAAUUACGACGAGUCACUCUUUGCCGAGCAGUAUGAGGUACAGUGGAUUGCCCCAUCAGACAAUGGUGAGCCCAUUCAAGACUACGACGUUCGUCAUUGUGAGAUGAUACGUAUAGAUGAUAAAUUCGAGGUGCUGGAUGGCACAUGUAGAAACGAGCCAGUCAAAGGACCCAGACUGAAUCAUUGGCUGAGAAAUCUCAAGCCAAAUACCUUCUACAGAGCUGACGUCAAAGCCCGCAAUAUCAUUGGCUAUGGAGAGCCAGGCGCUGUCCUAUUUAAAACUGCAGCAGAAUCAACCAGCAGCACUACGGACUACUCGACAGUAUCUGCUGGGGAUACUGCCAAGCCAGUCUUUCAUGCAAUUGUCACGGCUAUUGCGUUAAUCUCAUUAGCGUUCUAGAGUUGAUGUUCAAUAAAUACGGGGGAACAUGCAUAAACAACAGUUUAAAACAUUGUACACUUGACAGAAACCGAUCAAACAAAUUCCCUUCAAGUGAGGAAGACACUUAUUCAACGACAAAGUACAAUAACAGUUAAUUUUUAGUUAUAUUGGAAGUUGAAUGGCAGAUUGGAACGAAUCGAAAAUUCAUAGAUAAUUAUGUGGCUGAUAUCUUUGGAAGAGAGAAGUUGAGAAAAAAAGUCGAACGACCUGUCUCUUGACAGUAUUUGUAAAAGAUUCUGUAGCAAAUUUAGGCUUCAAGCUUGCAGUUAAUCUUGCAAAUAAUCUUGCCAGUAAAACAUUUAUGGACAACUAUUCUCCGUAAAAAAAUCUCAUAAAAUUUUUCUCGAAACUCAUUGGUUUCCGAGUUAUGAUCCAGUAAACCCUAUGAAAUUUUCGGAGAGAGCUCUUUCACCAUUCAUAACAAUGCCACAUCAUAAUUUUCACCAGAACAUAAUGUCGAGUGGAAUAAACAGUUGAACACGUUCCACACAAACCAACACUAAAGAUAAAUGUAAAGUAGGUUUAAUUAGGAUGGUGCGUUAAUUACAUUCCGAGAAUACGUGAAUAGGUAAAAUUCCAUACGAAGUAUUUCGGGGGGAAGGGAGAGGGGGUAUAUGUGAAAUUAAUCAUGAGUCGAUGUUUUUCGAUAAAAUAUUGGUGAUCAGUAACAAAUAACUGUAUCACUGGAUUUCUACUAAUCAACAUUGUUGAAUACUCAUAUUUAAAAAAAGCCAAACGUACUGGUACGUUACUUUCGUCUUUGGUAUUUUUCCAGUCAAUUGCUGAUUUUUUGUGAAACUCGUCGCGGCGACGAAAUAAUAAGAUUUUAGUCGUACCGCGUUCGAUGAAAAAUUGUUAAUCAUUGGGAUAAAAAUGUUCAGUUGCUGCCUUGCAUUGCCAAAAGAAAAAAUGCCUGAUUGCUUGUUGUUAAUUCAUUGGUAACGUGACAAUAUUUUUUAUAAAUUAUUAUACACUCGCAACGAGAUUCAACGAUUUAGUCUUAAGAUCGAAUAUUUGAUUUUUUUUUCUCGUUAAUUAUCGUUUCUUUGGGAUCUUUAUCUUGAUUCUUGUUCUGUUGGAAAAUCAUUUGCAUGUCUCGAAAAUCCGUUUUUAUCGGACAAUAAGAUGUGAGUGUUCCUUUAGGUUAUUUUAAUUCUAUUAUUUGUACACUGUUAGACCAAAGCCGUCUGUGCUAAUUUCACGGUGCAUUUUCGAUUCUUUUUUUUUAUUGGAAUGUUGUGUAGACCAUUCGAUACAGUGUACAGACAUUGAAUGCAGAUGGGACUCAUUCCAAUGCAUUUUUUUUUGUUGCGGGAGGGGGGAGGGGGGAGUGAACUGCUUUUUUCACAUGGAGUACAUUUGAAUUGGCAGAGUAGAGUCUCAAGGGCUCUAUGUCCUUUUAAAGUACUUUUUUGUACUGUGGAAUGACAUGAAGUUUUUCAAGACGAUGUUUCAAAUAGAGGAAUGACCUGUUUUUCCCUCUCCUGCUCCACUUUUUCUAAAUUAUCUUUUGGGGAUUACUAGUUUGCUUGGUUAGUUCAAACGAAAUUACUAGAAUAAGAAACAUAAACAUAAGUGUUUAGUGCGCAUGAUCUGUGAGUAAUGAAUAUCAAUUAUUUUUAAUUAAUUAUCUAGAUUUAAAAAGACCCUAUGAUUUAGUUUAUUAUUUCAUUAUCAUUCACCAAUUUCAUUGAUAGAGAGAGAAAAUUAUUAGUAAUAAUUUAAUGAAAUCCGAGCUCUUCAUUAUUUAGUUAAUUCAACUAAUAACGAGGAUUAAAAAAUCUGCAUUGAAGUGUUGUAAGGUAAUCCAGAAAUUCUCAAAAAUGAUUACGCGUUAAAUUUGUUUUUCAAUUAAAGCUCGAUGUUUUUUUAACUUGGCUUAUCGUCUGAAUCACUUGAUAUGAAAAUAGUUCAUCAUUACUACUUCAAUGCAGAUGUAUUUGCAUGGCACGUGCGUUAUCACAAUUAUUUUAUCACUUCAUAAUCAUCGAAACCGAUUAAUCAGCCGAAAUAUUGAAUUAUUCGUCGCGGCGAGUCGUCGUGUGCCCAGUGACAAUAAAGAAUUGCCUGAAAAGAUGAGUAGAUUUUUGAAUUUUUCACUCAACUCAUAAAAAAUUGAAAAAACUACUCAUAUUCACCUUUUUAGUCGAUUCAUCUACGGACGCAUUGAGGAACCUUAUACAACCGAGCCAACAGAUUAAAAAUAUUUGAUUUAUAAAUACUAAUGAAAGACUCGGAGAAUGCAUUUAGCCAUAGCGAAGGGGUUUGUUUAUUAUGGUACCUCGCGCAAUUACAGUCAAACGCGGUAACUGAGGAAGAAGUAUACGAUAUAAAAAGUGAAAAGUAGAAAAAAAAAACAGAAAUGAACAGGAAAAAGCAGAGAAGGAAAGAAAAACGAGGAAAAGGGUUGAAAGGGUUUUGCGUUUAUGCUCGGGAAGCGUUUGCGCGUUUGACAAUGGCCGAUUUUUUUAUCCCUAAACCACCCACCACCUCCACCACCACCCGCCGAGCCGUUAAUGACGACCGAGGAAGAGGUAGAACAAACAGAGAGCCAAGGAAAAGUGUAAAAAACAUUGUGGAAUCCCAGUUUCUGUGACUAUUUCACGGUUUUUUUUUCGUUUCGUUUUCGGGUAGUGCAGUUUCGAUUGUUUUCUUCCACAAUGAAAAAUCCACUAGGGCUCACAGUACAUUCUGUGUACAUCGUGGUACGUUACUUUUACGUGUAUAAAUAGUCGCAUCCAAUUUUAGAUGUGGGGUAGGAAUACGAUGCAAAAGAGAAUCUUGGCACUAGGAGAUAUUAUCAUCGGUCAAAUCGUUGAAUCUAAUGGCCUCAACCAUCAAAUUAAUUUGAUUUUGGAAUAGAUGGGAUUUUGGUGGAUAGAGAGCAUUUGGCGCAGACUGGGUGACUGAUUAAUUGAUUUUGGUAACUAAUUAAUUGAUAUUGAGAGAGGGAAAUUUGAGAGCUUUCCAUGGAUUUCUCAAUCCAGUUUUUUCAAUAUCAAGAAUUUCUUAUCUGUCCAUUAAGGCCCUUCGUUUAAAAACCCCGAAGAAAACAUUAUUCGACUGUCUUAAACAGUCUUAGAAGUCUUUUAUGCUAAGAAAAUAUUUAACCCAAUUGAUUUUGCACUGAUUUCUUAAAUAGACUUCGCGCGAAACGUCUGCAUUGUCAUCAAAAUCUUCUCUAUUCUUGGAAAAGAAAUCGUGAACUACGAAAAGCUCAUUACGAAUUCCCUUAUGUCCCCCGGGUCCAUAUCUUCCGAAAAAUGACCUUCCCCUUAUAAAUAUUAUCAUCACUCGAAUUGUCAGAUUUAAUGACUACCUCAUUAAUUCACUCCCCAGACGUCAAUGGUCCCUCCUCAAAUGAUCCCUUCGCUGGAUGAAAAGAAAUUAUUUCUCCCUUUAAUACAACAUUCAACCUUUGAUCUCUAACCAUAUUAAUACUUUCUCGAGAAAAAUAACACCAUCAAAGGAGAGAAAAAGUCAAAGAACCACCAAAAGACCAACUCAACCCUUUUCACCGUUUUACUCUCAUCUUGAUAACACACCGCAUAUGCAUCCAUUCAGAAAAGAGAAAAAACAACUCGCCGUUCAUAAUAUCCAUAAUUUUCAUUUUAUUUCUCCUCUGUAACUCAAGCCUAUUAUACAUAAAUAUUAUUAUACAUGUAGAUGUUAUGUAUGUAUGCAUAAAGGUGUUUUUAAAAAAACGCUCUUAUUUAUGAGAAUGAGGGUUUCAUUUUGAAGAUAGUUUUCUCACUCCUAUUUUUUCUUUCAUGUUCACAAAAAAGGAGAACAUAAAACAUUAUAUUAUUGUACAUACAUUAACAACGAUAAAAGAAAAAAAGAAGAUAAAUAUACAAUAAGUGUCAAAAAGUGCAC